AUGAAAAUGUUGAGCGCCCCCAGAGCUGUGUUUUGUUUAUUUACCCUCUUGAACAUUGUGGUGUUGAAUAAUGUUACCCCUUCGAGUGACCAAGCCCUUUCAUCACCAGAUGUUAGAGCCUUCCCAAGACACUUAUCCGAAAUGAUGAAUGAUUCUUAUAACAAUGAUUUAUCGGAGAAUAAAAGAACUCGUCAACUUUAUAAUGAUUUUUUGGCAGAUAAUUUAUUUCCAAAGCAUGCGGAUAAUGCCGCGUUGUUAUCAUCAUUAAGUAGGAAAGAAUAUUUAAUUCGAGAAAAACCUAAUUAUGGUCAAGUGAGCAAUAGAGAAAUGGUUAAUUUGCUUGAUGGAUAUAACAAAUUAUAUGUCUUGGAGCAUGCAAGAAUGAUGAAGAGAUUAUCAAACACGCUCAAUGGUUUAUCAAAAAAAUAUAAAAUACCAGAGAAAGAGACAAGAAAGUUGUGGAAUGAAUGUAAGCGAAGCAUUGAAUCUAAACUUAAUAGAAAAAUGGAUUCUCAUAAACCACGUUAUAAUUCAUUAGUAAUGUCGUGUAGUGCAAGUGUCGCUGAUUUCGGGGACUUCUAUAAGUACUACGUUACAUCAUGGAAUAAAGCCUUAAAAAAGAGUGAAAAAAAAUGGAAUAAAAUUUUCAUAGAGAGAGCGAAAAAUUACCGAAGCGGUGCAAAAUGAUCAAUC